AGGUAAGUCCAGGUGUCCGUAGACACGGAGAGAAGUUUAACAGGAAAGUUGAAACAAGAACAAGUUGUUCUUUUAGACAGAAGGUCGAGUUUUCACACAGAGACUGGCUGUUGUUGGAGGCAGGAUGCGGUUGAGGUUGGGCUUAGUGUCAGCAGUGUUGUCCUGGCUGUGUGUGUGUGAGUGGAGAGCAGCCACAGGCGCUUUUACACAGUCUCUGGACAGCGACUUUACCUUCACACUGCCUCCUGGACACAAGGAGUGUUUCUACCAAACCAUGAAGAAAGACGCCUCUCUGGAAAUCGAGUAUCAGGUCCUAGACGGUGCGGGGCUGGACGUUGAUUUCUACCUGUCCUCUCCACAUGGUGAGAUUGUGGCAUCUGACAUGAGGAAGUCUGACGGAGUUCAUACAGUGGAGACAGGUGACGGAGACUACAUGUUCUGCUUCGACAACUCCUUUAGCACUGUGUCUGAAAAGAUCAUAUUUUUCGAGCUCAUUUUGGACAACAUGGACGACGGAGAAGACCCUGAGAACUGGAAGGAGUACGUGCAAGGCACCGAUCUGCUGGACAUGAAGCUGGAGGACAUAAUGGACACGAUAAACAGCGUGAAGGCGCGAUUAGGGAAGAGUCUUCAGAUUCAGACGGUCCUACGGGCGUUUGAGGCGCGUGACCGCAACCUGCAGGAGAGCAACUACGAUCGUGUCAACAUCUGGUCCUUCACUAACUUGGUGGUGAUGAUGGUGGUGUCCUGCAUACAGGUGUACCUGCUGCGCAGCCUAUUCGACGACAAGAGAAAAACACGCACGUAACCUCCACCGAAACGCCUGCGAGGACGAGGAGAAGACAUCCGGGGACUGAAAAGAGACUUUUAUUUCUCAUUUUCUCUCCAUCAGCAAGCAAUAUUCUGCCUAACUCUCCUCACCGCAACUUUUUAAAUCAAGCUGAGCCAAGAUUACUCUGGUUUGUUUUCUCAUUUUGUAAAAUAAGGGAUCUCUAAGCUGCUAUAGGUGACAGGUCUUACAAGAAAAGGAGCACGCUUCAUGUCUUUUAACUUAAAGAAUUAACUUCAUCAUUUUAAAAGUUAUUUGUAUCAACUUGAUAAUAACACUGACUGUAGGACACCACUGAUGCACUGAUACACCUCUUUACUGCCUAAUUGAUUAUUGUUUUUCUUUUUUAUAUUGUGAAAUAUUGUACUUUUUUGUUGGCUCCUGGUGGAACAAGCUACGUUAUUAUAAAAAAAAAUGAAACGUCUGGUGUAGGUGCGCUCUAUAUGAUCAGAAGACGAUAGAUAUCACAGUGUUGCUCAGAAGUAACAGAAAACAAAACAUAUGCAAGGCUGUGAUUUUGGACCUAUUGACAGCACUGCGUCUUCUUCCUUCAUCACCCCUCAUGAACAAUGCCAUCUGGCCUAAAAUCAACUUAGGGUACAAUAAUGGGAAAGCAAUCCUGGGUCUAUAAAUCACUCGGUCCAGACGAAGUCACAUGACUUACAGUUCGUUGCUGUAGAGCAGACAGUUGAUCCCUAAGUGACCUGGAGUGAUUUUUAGACAGACCCUUCAGACUUUAUGAUUAGUUUGCAGGAUGUAUGAGCUGAUGUUGAGCUUGAAUGGCGUACUGAUUAAUGUCCUUCUGUGGCGAAUCUACACCAAAUGUUUUCAUUAACAAGUAAAGUAAUUUACAUCACAUUUUAUCAAGCCCAUGUCAAAUCGUAUUUCAUCUAAUCUCUACACUGCCACCUUCAGCGUAUGUACAGUAUUGUGCAAAGAUCUUGAGCCACCCCUUAAAUAAGUGAAUAGAUUAAAUGAAAGAAAUGGAAACAAAUAUUUACUGCGACAGGCUGCACAGUGCUUAAAGAUACCAUUUAAAAUUUUAUGUUUAUGUAAGGAUUAGUCAGGUACAGUGACUGGACAGAAAAUGAGACGCAAAAAAAGUCCUUCAGGACACCUGGGAAACUAUUCUUUAAAAGUACAUUAAAAUACAAGAAAGUCAGGCUUUUUGAAAGAAAAAUAUAAAGAAAUGAAGGAGGCUCAAGACUUUUGCACAGUACUGUAAAUUAUUAUUUUUUUGUUAGGGUGGGGGGAGGUUGUUUUUAAAAAUAUAUAGUAUAUUAUGAGCUGUUUCAUACCUACCAAUAGAACGCAGAUAUCUGGUGAGUCUAUACAUUUACUUUAGCUCUUUAUCAACAUUUUUGGAAUCCUCAGGAAAUCUAAUUCAUAACACAAAUAUUUUAAUGUGUAUUUCAAAUUAAUAAUAAAAUCCCUUUUUAAAACUA